GACGCAUGCGCGGCCAGCUGAGGCGCCAUCAUAAAGGGUGGGCCAAAGGCCGACUGGCGUCUGAGGUGUCGCUCCGGUUUCCGCCGAGUCUCUCUCGAAGACCCGCGGAGUUAGGUCGUUCUACGGGUAGAGGCGGCAGACUAUUAGGUGAGGGGACCGCGGCGGCGGCGGCGGCGACCCCGCCAGCGGGAUGUUCCGAGGGCUGAGCAGCUGGUUAGGUUUGAAACAGCCCGAGGGGGCGGCGGCAGAGGAGGAGCCGCCCCGCGACGAAGGCGAAGAGCUGUUGGCGGGAGCCGCGCCUCCUGAGGAGAGCUCUGGGGCCCCAGCGGAGCCCACCCCGGGCGAGCAGCAAGCGCCGCAGGAGGACCCAGAACCCCACCAGGCCAGAGGCCUCAGCAGUUAUUUGUUUAGCUUUGCGAGUGCUGCCACAAAGAAGAUAACUGAGUCUGUUGCUGAAACAGCUCAGACAAUAAAGAAAUCUGUGGAAGAAGGAAAAAUAGAAGACAUCAUUGAUAAGACCAUUAUUGGGGAUUUUCAAAAAGAACAGAAAAAAUUUGUUGAGGAACAGCAUACAAAAAAGUCGGAAGCAGCUGUGCCUCCAUGGGUUGAUAGUCAUGACGAAGAUACAAUUCAGCAGCAGAUUUUGGCACUAUCAGCUGACAAGAGGAAUUUCCUUCGUGACCCACCAGCUGGUGUGCAAUUUAACUUUGACUUCGAUCAGAUGCACCCUGUUGCUCUGGUCAUGCUCCAGGAAGAUGAGCUACUAAGCAAGAUGAGAUUCGCCCUCGUUCCUAAACUUGUGAAGGAAGAAGUAUUUUGGAGGAAUUACUUCUAUCGCAUCUCCCUGAUUAAGCAGUCAGCCCAACUCACUGCUCUGGCCGCCCAGCAACAGGCCUCUGGAAAGGAAGAGAAAAGCUGCAGCAAAGAGGAUGAUUUGCCUCUGACAGAGGCAGUACGGCCCAAAACACCACCUGUCGUAAUCAAUGCUCAGCUUAAAACUCAAGAGGAUGAGGAAGAAAUCUCUACCAGCCCGGGAGUUUCUGAGUUUGUCAGUGAUGCCUUCGAUGCCUGCAACUUAAAUCAGGAGGAUUUAAGAAAAGAAAUGGAGCAGCUUGUGCUUGAUAAGAAGCAAGAAGAAACAGCUGCACUAGAAGAAGAUUCUGCCGAUUGGGAAAAGGAGCUACAACAGGAGCUUCAGGAAUAUGAAGUGGUAGCAGAGUCCGAGAAGCGAGAUGAGAACUGGGAUAAAGAAAUUGAAAAGAUGCUCCAGGAGGAUAAUUAGCUGUCUCCCAAAACGAUUUCUUAACAUUGUGCUGACAUUAAAUUCUGAUGCUCACUGAUUCAGAAGGCACAAAAGUAUGUAACUUUAUGCAAUUUGAAAUUAUUCUUUUCAAGCUAAAACUUGCUUCUUAAAAAGAAAGUAUACAGCCAGAGAAACCCUGGUUCAAAAAAAAUAGAAAGUAAGUAGAACAGCUAUUGUAAUAAUAAAAAAUAACAGGAUAUUGUAUGUAAUGUUUCAUAUAAGUCAAGUUAGUAAUGCACUUAUAGGCAGCAGAGCUAUCUAUGCCACAGAAACACAAGUAAAAUACUAGAGUUUGUUUUCCACAAGGCUGGCAACAUAUAAUUUAUUCUUUAGUCAUGGUUUUCUAAGC